AUGCUGCUCGGGCUCGUGCUGGGCUUCGUGCUGGCCUCGCGGCUCGUCCUGCCCCGCGCCUCGGAGCUGAAGCGAGUGGGCCCGCGGCGGCGCCCCAGUCCCGAGGGAUGCCGGUCAGGGCAGGCGGCAUCGCAACCCGGCGGAGCGCGGGGCGAUGCGCGCGGGGCGCAGCUCUGGCCGCAGGGCUCGGCCACGGAGGGCGUCUCACGCGACAGGAACUUUCUCUUCGUGGGAGUCAUGACAGCCCAGAAAUACCUGCAGACCCGCGCCGUGGCCGCUUACAGAACAUGGUCCAAGACAAUUCCUGGAAAAGUUGAGUUCUUCUCUAGUGAGGGUUCAGAUACAUCGAUACCCAUUCCAGUAGUGCCACUGAGGGGUGUCGAUGACUCCUACCCACCCCAGAAGAAAUCUUUCAUGAUGCUCAAGUACAUGCAUGAUCACUACCUGGACAAGUACGAGUGGUUCAUGAGAGCAGAUGACGACGUUUACAUCAAGGGAGAUCGUCUGGAGAGUUUCCUGAGGAGUUUGAAUAGCAGCGAGCCCCUCUUUCUUGGGCAGACGGGACUGGGCACCACAGAAGAAAUGGGGAAGCUGGCCCUCGAGCCUGGAGAGAACUUCUGCAUGGGGGGGCCUGGUGUGAUUCUGAGCCGGGAAGUGCUUCGGAGAAUGGCACCACACAUUGGCAAGUGUCUCCAGGAAAUGUACACCACCCAUGAGGAUGUAGAGGUGGGGAGAUGUGUCCGGAGAUUCGCAGGCGUGCAGUGUGUCUGGUCAUACGAGGUAAGAGCAGAAUUCUUUAUAUGGGAAAAACUGUCAAUUUUUUCUUUUUGA